AUGAAUGAUAGCAAUAGUUAUUUUAUUUUGAUUAUUAUUUGUCUUCAAACACUUUAUAAUUGUAUUCUUGCAAUAAUUGGACAAUAUAUCUAUGGAUAUUUUCUACGAACUUAUUAUGAUAUGUAUCAAAAUUGGACAAUUAUCAAGAAUUCAUCUUUGAAAAUCGAUAUAUUUGAAUUAAAUCGAGAACAAUCACAACAACAAUCAGCUGAUUUAAUAUUUCAAGCAACUCUAUGGAGAGCAUUUCCAGUCAUUAUCAUUACAUAUUUAUUCGGUCUCUAUACUUCACAAUUAAAUCGACGAUUAAUAUUAAUAUUGUCUAUAAUAGGAAAUGCUCUUCAUGUGAUUAUUUAUCAAGCAAUCAUUUAUAAAAAUCUAGCCGAAUAUUGGUGGUAUAUAUCAGCUUUUAUUGCCGGUUUGGCAGGUGGCACUAAUAUUCUAGGUAUUGUAAUCAAUUUAGUAAUCACAGAGAGUACUGAAGAAAAUGAACGAUCAUCACGUUUUGUACGUUACGGUGCUAUGACAACAGCUUUAU